UUGACUUUACCACUGUUAUACCAGGAUUUUAAAAAUGGAACAGGCAUUAGUCACAAUGUUUUUUCCCAUCAGUUUCGGCGUUGGAUAUAUGGUAACAACGGGAGUAAAGAAGGUUUUUAACAAACUGCUUCCCAAUAUCAAAUUUGAAAGAAGUACCUCCCAGGACAACACAGAGUACGAUAUUUUUGAUUCAUACCUUUUCAAUCCUUCCCCGGCUGGGGAAGAAGUUUUCCCUGAGAAAAACAUUUGCUCACAGGAGGUUUGCACUGACUGCGAAUAUGAUGUAAUUGAUGCCUAUCUUUUCAAGCCUUCCCCAGCUGAGAAGGAAAGUUCACUGGCUGGGGAAGACAAUACAGUUGAAGAGACAGUUGCAUCAGACAAUGAUUUAUCAAAUGGUUCCCCUGCCGAGGAACAAACAUCCUCAAGUGGGGAAAAAGCGACAUCUGAAGACGGGAGCCAGGAAGAAAGAUCUGACCAAAGGAAUGAUGUCUCUGAUCUCAGAGAACAAACUUCCCCGGCUGGGGAAGUUUGUAAACGUUCUCCCCCAAUGUUCUCUUGGGCAGGAGUUGAGUAUGAUGAAGACUCAACUCCUGCUCAGGUGAAAAAGGCAUCAGAAGACUUUACCCAUGAAGAAACAUCUAUCCAAGAGAACAAGGUCUCUGAUUUCGGAGAACAAACUUCCCCGGCUGGGGAAGUUUGCCGUAAACGUUCUCCCACAAUGUUCUCUUGGGCAGGAGUUGAGUAUGAUGAAGACUCAACUCCUGCUCAGACAAAAAAGACAUCAGAAGACUUUACCCCUGAAAAUAAAUCUGUCCAAGAGAACAAGGUCUCUGAUCUCGGAGAACAAACUUCCCCGGCUGGGGAAGUUUGCCGUAAAYGUUCUCCCCCAAUGUUCUCUUGGGCAGUAGUAAAGUAUGACGAAGGACAUGAAGACUCAACUCCUGCCCCGAUAAACAAGGCAUCAGAAAACUUUACCCAUGAUGAAACAUCCGUCCUAGAGAACAAGGUCUCUUCCCCGGCUGGGGAAGUUUGUUCUCCCCCUGUGUUYUCUUGGGCAGGAGUUGAGUAUGACGGACAAUAUGAAGACUCAACUCCUGCUCAGACAAAAGCAGAUUUAGAGGACUGGACCCAGACCCAAACAGAUUACUCUGAUCUAAAAAAACAAACUUCCCCGGCUGGGAAAGUUUGUGGUAAACGUUCUCGGCCAAUGCUCACGUGGGCAGGAGUUGAGUAUGAUGAAGACGACGAAGACUUCUUUGCCCCUGCUGUGACAAAAGAGACAAUGGACGACUGCAGCCAUGACGACCACAACUAUGAUCUCCAGGAACACACUUCGCCGGAUAAAGAAUUUGACUGUGAAAAUAAUACAGUUGAAUCUAAAAACUUAAUUAUUAUCCUACCAAAAGCGCAAUUAGAAGAUUGGACAUACGAGGCAAGAUGCUUACUAACAGUUCCUGAACAUAAAAAGAAGACUAAACCCAAACCACAAGCUAGAAAAUCUUCUUUUUGGCCAUUUUAACAGACAGUUAAAA